AUGGCCAAAGCCGAGUCCGAUCUCAAAUCCAUCCUCGAUGGCGGCUUCGAUCCACACAAGUUCGCCUGGUACGAGUCAGAAUUGAUCGAAGUUCCUGAACCAGCAAAGACUCUGCUAGAAAAGUACAGCAAAAUCCCGUCCGAACAAGUGGUAGACCAUGUGAAGAAAGUAAGAGAUCGAGCAUUCGCUGUAUUCCCGUACCCGUGUAUUGGAUCAUUCCGGUUCCUGGAUUUGAGUAUCCCACAGUCACCACUCUACCCUGAAAUCCUGGAUAGACUCAAGUCGGGCCAGAAGCUGCUUGAUGUCGGAUGUGCAGUCGGGCAAGAGCUGCGUCAAUUGGUCUUCGAUGGCAUUCCCUCUGAAAAUCUCUAUGCUUCAGACUUGCGCCAAGACUUCUACGACAUUGGAUAUGAUCUCUUCAACGACCACGAUCAGCUCAAAGCCCAGUUCAUUGUAGCAGACAUAUUCGACGACAGCUCCGAUCUAGUCAAGAACCUGACACACAAGAUUGAUAUUGUGAACGCUGCUUCCUUCUUCCAUCUUUUCAACUGGAACCAGCAGCUCCUAGUUGCGAAGCGGCUUGUUGGGUUACUUCAGGAUAAACCCGGCUCUCUUCUAAUCGGGCGGCAGAUUGGUUUAGUAAAUCCCCCGCCUCCAGAAGAUAAAGAGGCUGCUGGGAAGCACUAUCGUCAUGACCCUGCGACGUGGAAGAAAUUCUGGGAGCAGGUUGGUGCUGAAACGGGGACAAAAUGGGAAGUUGAGACUUGGAUGGAGAAGUGGGCUGGGACGGAUAAAACGAUGAAAGACUACCAUGAGGGGAUGGACACUUUCAAGCUGAGGUUUAGUGUUCGGAGGCUGUAA